CACGUGAUCUGGCGCCAAAACUUGGACGUUGAGUUGCGGAGCGCCGACUGGGAAAGUGGAUGGCAAGAUAGCUUUCGAAACUGACCCUUGUGGAUAUGAAGCUGAAAUUCGUGAAUGCCCAUUACUGUGCCGGCUGGAUAGCUAGCCGCGUUUUCUCAGCAAUUGACGAGUAAUGAGCUUGGCCUGAGAUUAAGGUCAAGAUGUCAUCCAAUGGCAGCGUGACCACAGUUCAGCUUCCGUCCAUCGGCCAGGCAGAGCAACCACAAAUCCACUUCUUACCAUGUGAGAUUGAGCAUGAUGGAGCAGCUCAGGUUUCUCACUAUUUCACGGCUGUAGUACAGGACCAUAAACACGAAAUUAGUGUGUCAUACAGGGGCCGUGAGCUCAAAGGGGCAGAGGUGAGCUGUCCAAAAGACUACACCGGUCUUGUGAUGAAAGAGGACCACAAGCCAUCCUCGGAUCAAGAGGAUCGAACGGUGAGGAUCUCUUCAACAUUUCACCGCUUCUCCUAUUGGAAUCUUACGACCCAACCCAGCCCUGAUGAUGGUGUUGUCAUGUCAAUGACAUGGCCAACAUUAGCAGAAGCAAUUCAUGGGUCUGUAGACGACUGAUGGAAGGCUGGGAAGAUGACCUAUGGCCUGCUGUCCAACUGCACUGUUCCCUUUCCAUAGCUGUGGUGACAGGAUUCUUAGUACCUAUAGUCAAGCCACAUAAGCAAGCUGGCCGAAUUCUUCCUUAUUCCAGAAUCGAUAUGGGUCUAGCUUACACAUGCCAUGAUAGGCGAGCUGGCUUCUUUUAAACUAUGCCAAUUUACCUAUUAAAACAGCUGACAUUGCAGAACAGAAGCACAUCAUUCUGCAGCAGUUACAUUUAUUCUCUCUCUCUCCUAGUACAUGUCAUGUCUACUGUGAGAGGCUGGAUGUCAUAAGGCAGAUUUAAGAACAAGUACUUAUGGAGUAAAAGCUGUAGUGAAGAUCUGACAGUUCUAAAUGUCGUGUGUCGCGCUAGCAGUGCUGUGGGAGUUCUGGCUUGUUUCUACAGCUUUAGUGUAGCUUUCGUUUGGCUGAACCUGUGUUUUUUUUUUUUCAUGUUAUCCCUGAAGGUUGAUUUUAAUAAAUCAUUUUAAUUAAA